CACUUUCAUUUGUAACGUCUUGAAAUUUGAAAACAAACGUUCAGGGCUCGUUAGAUUUCGGAUUCAUGUUGGUGGUUAUUUUAGAAUUGAUCGAGUUUUAUCAGUGAUUUGUUAUAAUUAAGUUAUUUAGGGCUUAUAUGUGAACAUAUGUGAGAUUUUUUAUAAGAAGUACGGUGAAACAACAGUUCAAAAUGAUUAAGUUAACCGAAGAUGUCAACAAAUUAUUCAAUGAAGUCCUUAUGGAGAUCUCCCAGAACGUCCGCUCCAUGAUGGAGGAGCUCUGGCUGAACUGGUCCCAUCUUGGUGUGGACGACAACACUAAAGUGAACAACAUCACUAAACUUGUCCAGAUUGAGAAGGAACUGCACAGAGAUGUUAUCUCUGAGACCAGACAGAAGCUGAAGACGAUGCAAGGACAAGUCGAUAAACUUAAGGAGGAAACCGAGGAGCUUAGCAGGUGUCUGUCAGUGGACAUAACCAUACUGGACUUCAAGGAGGAGAUGAUGCUAGUAGAGUACAAGAGAGAGCUGGAGGAACAGAUUGCUGGAUACCGAGAGCAAGUAGAACAACGUCGCAUGAAGAUGGAAAGGCUGUUAGAAUGGCAAAGAGACCUCGCUGAUAAGCUCGGAGUCACCAUCCAGGAGUUGCAGGAGGUGCCUCUCCCUGCGGAGGAGGAGUUGGACAAGCUGAAGGAGCACCUUGAAAUGCUGCAGGCUGAGAGAGAUAAGAGGGCUGAGAUAUUCCUGAAUAUUCAAGUGGAAAUUAAGGAUAUCAUGGACAAACUGAAGAUCAAACCCCAGAACAAGUUCGAACAUAUUGUGACAUCAUCCCUCUCCGUGGACUUCAAAGUGACAGACCUCAACAUGGACCGCCUGGCGAAACUACAGCAAGACCUACAGGAAAAAUACGAACACACUAACAAUAGGGUAUUGGAACUUCGUGAGCGCCUCACGAAACUAUGGGACUGUUUGGACGAGGAUCAGAUUUACCGCGAGAAUUUCUUGCACGCUCACCCCGGCUGUCACCCGCAGACCGAAGCUGCUAUCAAAGAGGAGAUCAAACGUUGUGAUCAGAUUAAGAGGCAGAAGAUUCAGGUGUUCGUAGCCAACGUCCGUACUAAGAUAAAGCUGAUGUGGGACAACGUGAUGUACUCGUGCCGCGAACGCGAGGAGUUCGUCCAUUACUUCCAGGACAUAUUCACUGAGGACACCCUGACCCUGCACGAGCUGUAUCUGGACAAGAUCACCAAGUUCUACAAUGAACACAAGCACAUCUUCGAUCUGGUGAUGACACGCAAGAACCUGUGGCUGAAGAUGACCGAGCUAGAGGCGCGCGCUACGGAGCCGGGCCGUUACCACAACCGCGGCGGGCAGCUGCUGCGAGAGGAGAAGGAGAGGAAGGCCAUCGCCAGUAAUUUACCGAAAAUUGAAGCACAAAUAAGAGAACUAGUGACCGAGUACGAAACUAAGACUGGAAACACAUUUACUGUCGAUGGAAAGCCUCUAUUGCAGCUGAUGGAAGAUGAAUGGGAGACCAGGAAAGCUGAGCGCCACAACAAGUUGUCUGCCCGCAAGCAGGCGCUGACGCCGACCACGCCGCUGUUCCGCUCGCUCGCUACGUCGCCGCUCGGCAAACGCAAUAGGACUGCUGCCGGCUUAGCUGCCACUGCUGAAAAGAACAGGCCGCCAUCUAAACGCCAGCUGAUCACGGGUAGUGCGACGAAGGCGGUGACUACGUUCACUAACAACCUGUCCGCACUAAAGAGGUCUGCUAUCACCACUGUUAAGAGGCGGAUUAGCGGACGCUUGGCCGCUAGAGCAGUAGCUGAAGGUAAAGAUGCAAAGAGGAAGCUCGACUAUGGCGACGUUAGGAAGACACCCAAAGCCACCGUCAACGGCAGUAUUCUCAAACAUAAGCGUACGUCCCAUGGCAAGCGUCGCAGCAGCAGCCGUCGCUCGAUGAACGCGACUCGCUCCAGCGGCUCGCAGGAGGAACGCGCGCACAAGGACCCGCUUAUGGAGACCACGCUGCUCACUACUUACACUGACUUUAAGGAUGGCAUAAACGAGAAGCAAAUUAGUCGCAGUUCGAUGGCGAACACAAAACCUCACGAGAUGGUCCUACCCACGAUCGUAUGCCAGAGAAUUGACGAGCGAUCCGCUACCCCAAAAAAAACUCCGAGGGUUAAAACUCCUUUAACACCUAAGGUCGGCAAAGAGAACAUACAACAAAUUAAUAUGCCUAUGACACCGAAGAGUAACCUCUUGUACACGCCCACUAGGCUGACCCGCUCCGCGCUCAAACUUAACAACGACGGCUUCGCAACGCCGCGCGCUCCGCUCAGCGCCAACAAAGUCAACCUCCAGAGACAAAACACAGUCGCCACCCUCACCGUCAAAACUACCCCCAACAACGUUAGCAGGUCUAAGUCACACUCGCAUUUAGUGCGAGUCAAAAACCUCCCGCCUCUCAUCUAAAUAGACUGAGUACAGAACUUACGCCUUGAUAUAAACGUUUGGUUUUCGAGUUAUUUGCACGUAUAUAUCAAGCUGUGUGCCCUGUGCCUUACAGUAAUAUUAGUCAUGAUUUUCAUUUGAGAAUCGAUUUGUAAUUUAUAAUAAUUAUUCAGAUUUUUUAAUACAAUUUUUAUUUGUGUUUGUCGAUGGUUUGACUCAAGUUUUGUGACGAAUUAAAUAGACGUUUUCUCGUUGAUAAUAUAAUGUUUUGCUUUCUUACUAUGUAUAUUUGAAUCUCUUUAUAAUUAUGCGCAGUAAUUGCAUUUUAAGAGUUGGUUAAUUAUGUUUAUAGAUGUGAUUGAUAUAGUAUUUUAACUGAUAGAUAGUUUUAUAAGUUACUUUCUGUUCUUACGAGAAUUAUUUUAGUUGCUCUUCGAUUGGAAUAAUGUUAUUUUAGAGUAGUUUUUAGAGUUUUCCUUAACAAGUUUAUUAAUUUAGAAUAUGUAGUAGACAAUCUGGUUCAAUACUUUCCAAAAUUAUAUUUCUUAAUAAAUUGAUAUUAUUAAGUAUAUGGAGCUCUGUACAUACCACGCAUCGAAAA